AUGCCUAGAAAACGGCGGUCGGAAGAUAUCGAUGGGCUCGUGAUGGCAACUUCACCAAUCAAGAUCAAGGUGGAGCAAUUCAUUGAAGAAACAGCGAAUCCCGAAAACGAUUCCACUGUGAAUAUGUUCGCCGAGGAUACAUCGAUGCUAGGUUUUCGAUAUCUCCAUUCAAGAUAUAAAACAUGGUUCAGGGUUCUUUGGGCUUGCGUGCUUAUUUUCUUCAUAGGUCUCACUGUUUAUCAAGUUGCCGAACGUAUCACAUAUUAUUUCAUUUAUAAUCCGCUGACGACUCGCCGGAGUUAUGAGACAUUGCCGAAUAUGUAUUUUCCAACCAUCGGCGUCUGCAAUAAAAUGCAAAUGAAAGCUAGUAGGGUGGCUUCUCAGAAUCCGAACCUUCUUCGAGCAAUGUGCAAUGUUCUGAAUGAGAGGAAUAAGACUAGCGAGAGUUACGACAUAAUGGACAAGUUUGAGGAUUUGGAUAUGCUUGAGAUUCAUCGCAAUUCGUUUCAAUCCGCCGACGAUCUUUUUGUCAGUUGCGAGUUUGGCAAAAGCGGAUCGUGUCAGGAGGAGGUCCGUCCCUUAUACACCCCGAACGGUCUCUGCUUUUCGGUAUCUCCAAAUAAGACGAUUCUUCGCCCGGGUCCCGAAACGACUCUAUCGCUUGUCUUGAAUCUUGAAGUCCACGAUAUAAUUCCAGGAACCGUCGUCGAGCCGGGCGUAAUUCUAUCCAUUUUCGACGGCCACGGCUCACUGUCGCAUUAUUCGGAGGGCAUCCAUUUGGAGGCGGGCAAAGUUGUGACGAUACCGGUGAACGAGGUGCGCAAAUUGCAGCGCUAUCGGAGCACGUGCGGCACGAAAACCAUGGAGUCGUUCACCGAGAAGGAGUACUCGAAAGCUGCUUGCGAAUGGACGAUGAACAUCAAACAGAUUGAGCGCGAUUGCGGUUGUGUGCCGGUUCAGAGUCCGAUUUAUCGGGGCAUCCUAUCGAAGUCGGACGAGAUUCUCAAUUACACGAGCGGAAUUGAUGAUUUGAAGAAGGGAACGAAGCGUGCGCCGUUGUGCACACUUCGUCAAGAGUUUGAGUGUGUUCAGGAGAGAUUGAACCUUCGACCUGCGAUUGACAAUGAAAUGUGCCCCGAUGAUUGCGAGGACAUCUCAUUCUCAUCGAUCGUGUUUGGCGGAAGACUGUCACCUUCUGACAUCGUUUCUCUUCUUCCUAGCGACUGGGAGGACACUAAAGAGAAACGAGUGGCUGAAUAUAAUAAAGCAUUGCAAGUGAUUCCGAACCAAAUGAUUCCAGUGGUCCGAAAUGUUCAGCAGCUUUCUGAUGAGCUUCAAACGUUUGUCGAUGAAGCUUUACAGGUGUUUGAUUCGAGCAAUGCGAAUGAGGUCCGAUGUUUAUCCCAUGAUGGAAGGCCAUUUGAAAGCUUCAUCAAUCAGUUUUAUGCUCAUGAGCCGCUCUGGGAGCGCAUUACAACAUAUAUUCGGCAUUCUCUUGCACGCGAGCUUAACACCACUGCAAUGUGCAUCGGUCUAGCGCUCGACGUCAAAGGUCAAAUCAUCGAUCAAGAGGUGCCAACGGUGAACAUGUCGCAAGCAUCGCUGGCGUUGUUGCAAUUGGAGCAGAUCAAAAAUUAUUUGGGAAAAUCGAACUUCAAUUUCGGGAUGUCGAUAAUGCAUGAAUCAACGAGGAAUAUUGUUUUGGAACUUGCAAAACCAUUGAUUCUUGAAAUCAAGGAUUGCGUUGCAAAAAUGUACGAGAAUCAGGAAAGAGUUGAAGAAAUUGCCGAGGAUUGUCGAUUGAUUUUCAAAAAUCGAUACCUUCCAUUAAUGGAAGCUUCUAACGUCUACACAAAACUUAGUCCAUCUUCAACGGCUUUCAAGUCGUUCACGGAAAUGAUCAAGAAGGUGACCAAGAGAUUGCAUAAUAUCAAAAAUAGAGUUCAUAUGAGCUCAUGGACCAAUUUCAAUAUCGAUUUGAAGGAAUUUGAGUCGGUUUAUCGCGAAAACUCGAAAGAUCAUAUCGAAAUCGAGGAAAUCCUCAAACUUCGAAAAACGAUGGUGUCGGACAUAGCAGAAGUCGCCACGGAGCUCUCCAAUAUUUUCGCGUCGGUGACCGUUUCUCGCGCCAAAUUUGGAAGUUUGACGGGCAAUCCGAUUGAUGAGAAGUGGUCGAUGAAAUUUAUGAACUCGUCGGAAUGCUUGAAGGCGAUGGCCAAAAAAGCGCCAGGUCUUAAAGUGGGUGAUUCAAACAAUCAAGAGUUCAGACAGAAAUCGCGAUUCAUACGUGGAGAAUGGCUAUCUCGCCUACGGAAUCAAGUCCUUCUAGCGCAAUCCUAUUCAGCAACUCCGCAAUAUGACGUAGUGAAUCUUCUUCACAUCAAAUUUUAUUUCGCCCACUUCAAACAAGAAACAAUCAUUCAAGAGAGAUCCUACAACAUGUUUUUGCUUUUGGCCGAGAUCGGAGGUACGAUUGGGUUGUACGUCGGCGCCACAUUGCUAACCGUCGCCGAGACGCUUGUUUUCAUUUUCGAGCGAAAAGCGAGAAAUCUGUUUUUGAAGCCGCAAUGUUUAUAG